UAGAUACUCACAAUUGGAAUUUCACUGGUCUCAUAGGCGCAUUUCUGAAUCUCUCCAUAGCUUAUUUGCUUCUAUGUACAUCUCUUUGUAUUCAUCUCUUGUUGAAAUUCCUAAGGUUUCUAGGUGUUUCUCUUCCAAAAUUUCACAAUGGACGUUUCGGUGAUUCAAACAUUAUGUGGAAAUGCCUCCAUGAAGACCUUCUGGUUGAUCGUGCGUCAGAGAGAAUCUCAGCUGUAGAUCGAUCGAUAAAAAGCAAAAUCCCUUUUGGUUCGAUUACUAGUGACGAUGAUUCGAACCGGUUUGUUGAGUUGAAGCUGGUGAGAAAGAACAGUGGUGAUAUAAGUAAUGCUAGAGUUAAAGACGAAACAGAGGAUUUGUCAAGAGAAGAACCAAAUGUGAUUAACAAUAAGGAACUUGGUAGAUUUGAUCUGAUGACCGUUCAGGGCAUGAAAGGCAAGCGUUUUGUUACACGAAGAUCAAGAAACGGUCUUAAAAACCAUAGGAGAGGUCGUGUAAAUUGUGCAAGUCUUAGAUCGAUUUCUUCAUCAGAAGCCUUUGAUGAGACCGCAAAAUAUCAUUUGAUGCAGCCUUAUGAUGUCUUUACCACAGCUAAAGAUGAGACAUGUUCCAAUGAUGACCAAAAAGAUUGUGUAAAGGCAGGAGAGGGGACUAAUCUAUCUCAUUGGCCGGAAUUUGAGAAAACUGUAUCAGUUAAUGAACAGGUAAAGUCCAAUUCAUCAGCAGAACAAUCUUUUGUCAGAAAUGCAAAAGAAAACUCUGUUAGGGAUUUAGAAGAAUUGUUGAAAGAAGAGCGAGCUGCUCGAGCAGCGGUUUGCGUUGAGCUUGACAAAGAGAGAAACGCUGCAGCAUCCGCAGCGGAUGAAGCAAUGGCGAUGAUACAUAGGCUGCAAGAUGAGAAGGCGGCUAUUGAAAUGGAAGCUAGGCAAUUCCAGAGAAUGGUUGAAGAGAAAUCGACUUUUGAUGCUGAAGAGAUGGUCAUACUCAAAGACAUAUUGAUACGGCGUGAGAGGGAAAAACAUUUCUUGGAGAAAGAAGUUGAAGCUUAUAGACAACUACUCGAUGAAACAGAGGAAUUGGAAUGUUCUUUAACAAAAGAGAAGAAUCUUCCAGAACCGGAACACAAACAAAAUCAAGACUCUCAAGAGAGAAGAGCUUUGCUCGUUCAAGAACUUGAUGGAACGGUUCUUGAUAUGCCUUAUAGAGAAGAAAAAAACAGAGAUCUGUAUAAAUCAGAUUCAGAAGUCGCUUAUUCACGCGUACGUGAUGUUUAUAUGGUGAAGGAUGAAACAGAGAACAUUAGUAAGAAGAAGAACCUAGAAGAAUCCUCUGUUACCAAACCUAAAGAAUCGUUGGAGGAAAAUAGUAUCAUUGUCUCGGGGAUUGCUCGAAAGCUUCCUCCAUUAUGUCGUCCACGCAAGAAAUCGCUGAGCUCUUCGGGUUCAAGGAGAAAAUCAAUGUCGGCAGUUGAUUAUGAGAGGUUAAAGAUUGAGAAUGAAGUGGAAUUGUUAAGAGAAAGAUUAAAGGCUGUUCAAGAGGAAAGAGAGGAGCUUACGAGACGAGCAUCUUUGCCUCCUUUACCAUCAAAGGUUAGGGCUACGUCAGAGAAGCGAAGUUGGAGAAGAUCUUCUUCCAUGGACCUUCACUCUUCCUGAAGCAUUUUUAAUUUUAUGUACGUAGAUACAUACAUGAUACAUGUUGUGUAUGUAUAGGAUACAAUAUCCGGUUACUUUCGAGCCAUCCCUGUAGAGAAUGCUUGGAUCGCAAGUCAACCCUUUGGGAUGUAUUUCUCUUGUUUUUUAAACUUCUUUGCGGUCUUUGUGUAUAGAAAAUACACACAUGCAUGUGUA